CGCAAAAGAGACAAAAUAGACUCAAUUCGCAUUGAUUGCCGAUUCAUUCACAGCAAAGAUAAGAUAAUUUCUCAAUAAACAACAAUACAGAUAAAUCCAUAAGAGUUUCAAAGAAGACGAAAAAAUCCAUUCGUCAUCACGAAUUUAUGAAUAAAGCAAUCGGAUGGAGUUGAAAUAAUUUCAGUACACUUUAUAAAUUUCACCAAACCUGUUGAUGUUGCGGCACCAAAAAAAAUGUUAUGUGUGUGUGCGUGUCUCAAUCUAUUAUAAUCAAAAUAAAAAAAUAAUUGAUUCGAAAAAAUUCGCAUGUGCGUCACAUAAAAAAAAUAAACACGUUGUGUGAGUAUAAGUUGAUUAAUGUUUGUACUCACAUUGUGCUCAGAGUGAUUAUAACUAGUAUAUUUAUGAUAUUAAGGUCAGUUCGAACAUUUUUUUGUAGAUGGAUCAAUUAAGAUUGAAUAUAUCUACUGAGCGUUGGUGAAAAGAAAAUAACAAAAAUAGUUGUGUACGAAGUGUGUGAAAGGCAAUAUAGCUUAAAUGGAAUGCAAUCGCCAAAUUUUUGUUAGUUUUGUGUUGAUUCUUGUGACCGAUGUAGUCACAUCCAGCGAUUCCGGUGAAUUAGUGAAGAAUGUGUCAUCGGCUGCAAUUAGAUUUGAUGGCAUUCCAAAAAAUAUCGCAAACAAUGAUCAUUGGCGUUCUUUGGCCACGGUUGAUGAAAAUACCACGGACUGUGCUGGACUCCAAAUUUUAAGUGAUGACCUACAACCAAAGUAUUCGCCUGAACACUCAUUUGUUCGUAAAUGCUGUCCGAUCGGUGAAAAUUAUGAAAAACAUGAAAAUGGACGAAAAUGUGCGGCCGAAACAUUAAAUUUUGAGAUCUCCGUUUUGAAUGCGACAUUUUAUGAGUCUUGCAUUGAAGACAACGAGAGCGGACCACGUUUGAACUACAAAUUUGGCAGCGCAUGUGCGACAGAUGGCAACGGCAACAACAAAGAUCCAUUGAAUAAAAUGGUUUUGUAUGGCAAAAGCCAUGGGGAUUCCAUUUAUAUUCUUCAAAAUGGUUCAUUGUUAUCGGUUGAUCAAAAUUUUACUGGAUAUGAAGUGCAUAACGAUUACUGUUUGGACAUGGAUCGAGACGAUGGUGAAUUGUAUGCAAUCGUAUGUUAUCGCAAAUUAAGUCAUCAUCAGCGUGUGCUGCGUGCUGAAGCAUAUUUAUACUCAACAUGCUUACUGAUUUCGGUGCCGUGUCUUCUUCUUACCGCCUUUUUCUACGUAAAAAUCGAUGAACUGCGUGAUUUUCAUGGAAAAUCAUUAGCAUGUCAUUGCAUAUGUUUGGCCAUUUCGUACUCAUUUUUGAGUAUAAUUCAAUUGCAACCAAACAUAUCACAAUUAAUCACAUAUGUAAUACAGUAUUUUCUAUUGGCAUGCAUUUGCUGGUUGAACGUACUGUGUUUUGAUAUUUGUUUUAAGAUUUCUUACAACUAUUUAUAUAAAAGUUCCUGCUCAACAAAAACCGAAGAUAAAUAUUUCAAAAUUUAUGCCAUGAUAUCGUUUGGUUUUCCAAUUAUUCCAGUUCUUUGGGCCUUCUCACAAAACACAUUAGGCAUUCCAUUGUAUUACAUCAAAGGGCAGCAUAAUAUUGACGAUUUUACUGCUAUUCACUUUAUUCUGCCGGCCGCUUGCCUGCUAUUUUUCUGCUUUUGCAGUCUUUUAGUGACACUUUAUAUUUUUGGCACAACAAAACCGAAUUUACCCAAUAAUAGCCAGGGCAUACAAGCCAUCUACGAAUAUGAAGAAUUUUUUAAAAUGAAACAAACCGCACAAAGUAUCGCGUUUCUUUUUGCUGUGAUGUCGAUAUGCAUGAUAAUCGAAAUGUUCACCUCUCAUAUCAAUAUAGAAAAACCGCCCGAUGGAGUGUCACCAUUUGCAUUUUUUGAUGUAUUAAUUGCAUUGCAGGGUGUUUUUAUUUUCAUAAUAUUCGUUUGCCUACCAAAGCCAUUGAAAAUGAUAAAGCGGUGGUGGAUUGCCAAAGGCACACUUGACAUCGCUGCACUUAACGAACUCGAAUCGCUCAAGACAACCAGUGUUACCAUUUUGGAUUGAUUUCAUAUAUUUUCUUUCACACAUUCGACUCAAAACAAAUUUCUUUGAAUUUAUUUUUGUAAAAUUAUGGGUAUUAAUUUAUUUUUAC